ACAGUCAAUGAUUAUCAGGAAGUAAGCAAAGACUGGAGUGUCAGACUCAAACUCAAAGUGUAAAAUGAUAACUGAAAUUGAAGUUUGAUUCAGAUGGCCACCUAAGCAAGAUGUAACUUGUUCCGAGAUUUAAGAUGGGGUCCCGUCAACCAUGGGACAACACCCCUCACACACUGACAGAGUUCGCUCCCUUGAGUUCGGAAGUAAGACCAAGCGGAGGGAUUUUUUCCCGAUUUCUUAGAAGAGGAAAAGAUGAAUCAGAUAAUUCAGACAGCUCUUCCGCCCCUAGCAGUAGAUUGUCAUCGAGGGAAACUUCAGUUGAGAGAAGCAAACUGCCCCCUGGUGACACUCACGGCGGAGUUAUUGUCGAAAGUGUCGACCCAUCUUCUGUACUUCCCACAGAAAAAUACUGGAUGAAAAAUGAUGAUGAAAAUGGAAGCCAAUCGAGUUUAGAGGGUCAGGUCCCAUCACAAUGGAACCAAGAAACUACCCCAAAGAGAACACUCUCCAGUGUACUGAGUCGUCUGGGCAACAUACUGGAGAGAAGAAGCACUACUCCUCAGGCAUACAAGGACAGUGAUUUCAAGCAGUACUGGAUGCCGGACAGCAGCUGCCGUGAAUGCUACAACUGUGGAGACAAAUUCACGACGUUCCGCCGGCGACAUCACUGUCGAAUCUGUGGGCAGAUUUUCUGCAGUAAAUGCUGCAACCAAGAACUCCCAGGAAAAAUCAUCGGUUACAAAGGUGGUAUCCGUGUGUGUCAGUAUUGCUGUAAAGUCGUCCUCCGAUACGCCCAGCAGUCCGAGUCUAGUGGAGAUAUGAAGAUGAUCAGAGAGGACCUGAAGAGGUUGUCUCCCAUUGACUCGGAGGUGAUGCUCUCUCAGGAGUUUGGACUUUGGAUGCCCACUAGAGCGCCCUCUGUCCACGAAGACCAACUUCCAUCGCAGAGAUCUGUAAGCCCCCAAGAUGCAAACAACGGUGCCAAGUCCACGCCCUUUGACCUCACACCAAUGGCUGACAUCUCUAUUCAAGAGAGCCUUAUUCUCACUGAAGAUUCGGUUCAGCUCCGUAUGCUGUGGCGACAGAUACAAGAUGCGGAAACCGGGGUCGAGAUGCAGAGUCACCGCAUUCGCCUGCGCACGUAUCUCAGUUGCAUUGUAGGUAAAGAUCUGGUCACAUGGCUGGUGGAUCACGACAAGGUGGCAAAGAGAGAUCAAGCUGUUGGAAUUGGGCAGGCUCUGUUGUUUGCCAACUACCUGGAACCAAUCACAAACCAGAGGAUCUUCCGAGACGAUUUCUCUCUUUACAAACCAGGAGAGCAAGCGAUUUCGUAUGUUGAGUCGCAGUCUGACACUGAAAACGAGGCCACGACUGCCGAAGAGACGAGUAGUACAGAACCGCAGUGGGUUCGCGAGAUUCAGUCUAUCGACAGAGACGAAUUUGACAUUUCGUUUGAGCGUCAGUCGACCGCGACCGACUCUGACCACCAGAAGAGUCAGUCGUCCGAGACGAGCACGCAGACAAGUUUCUACCUGGGAGAGAAGACCGAAUGUGGCAGCGUGCCUAAUGAAGUCUUAAAGUUGACCGCAGCCCCCAGAGAUGGUGGGGAGGAACCGCUACCAAGACAGGACUUCUCAACCACCGGGCUCACUGAUGAUUUCAUUAAAGAUGCUUUGUUUGUGGGCCAAUCGCCUCACGCCCCCGAUUCCAUCUGUUUCCCUCACGCCUGGCGCAACAUAGAGCAACUCCGUGAGGAGAACGGGGAGAAAUUGGCUUACUCAAGACUGAGACAAGCCCACUCCGAGUUAUGGGACGCCCUGACGAAACAACUACUGAGUCAUAACGGUCUGUCGAUGAGCUGGGAGUGCGUCAUGUCAUCCAUUAUAGCUCAGAUCAGUCGCUUCGUUAAGCCCGAUGUGCAGGGGGAGGGGGACGAGUUAGACAUACGCAAGUACAUCCACGUAAAGAAGAUUCCCGGAGGUCAGAAGACAGACACAAGUAUGCUGCAUGGUGUUAUGUUCACCAAGAACAUAGCUCACAAGAAGAUGCAGCAACAGAUCUCAAACCCUCAGAUUAUGUUGCUCCGUGGCGCUAUCGAGUACCAGAGAGUGGAAAACAAGUUCUCAUCACUGGAGCCACAGAUUCUCCAGGAGCGCGAGUUUCUGAGGAACAGUGUGUCGAAGAUCACAGCAUUCCGCCCCAGUAUUGUGAUCGUAGAGAAAUCCGUGUCCAGAUUGGCCCAGGAGUUUCUCCUAAGCCAGGGAGUCACACUGGUGUUCAAUGUUAAACUGCGAGUGAUGGAGAGAUUGGCGCGAUUCACCCAGGCUGACAUCGUUCCAUCCAUUGACAGUCUGGUCAGCCGCCCCACCCUGGGGUUCUGCCACACCUUCAAGUGUCAGUCGUACCUCCUACCCAGUGGAGAGACGAAGACGUUUGUGGUGUUUGAUGGGUGUGCCACUAACCUCGGCUGUACAAUUAGUCUGAGAGGAGGAACUUCUGGUGAACUGCGCAAAGUAAAAGACAUUUUAAAAUUCAUGAGCUACACUGCGUACAACUCGCUACUGGAAAUUUCCUUCUGUAUGGACGAAUUCGCCAUGCCAGCGGGGACACCGGACGAAACCUGUCCAAUCGAAGGAAUCGGGGACGGAGAGAAAAAUGGAGAUGAUGUCCCAGAUCAGAGCUGUGACAUCGAUGUCGAGAAUGGAGUGAUCACGAAUCCCAGUGAUGAGAACAGCUCUGAAGAAGAUGAUGAGAAGGCUGUGUGCAAUAUUCAAGUUCAGUUUGAAGACGAUAAAGAUGAUUCAGGAUCUAACAUUGACAGUUUACUGGAAACUAACCAAAAGGAAGCGUCUUUAGGAGGUUUUGUACAUUUAGAAAGAUCGCCAGACAAUCAAAGCAGUAGAGUUUUAGAAAGACAGAAAUCCGAACAUGGUGCUCAAAUUCAGCAUGAGGAAAUCACUAGAGAUGAUGGGAAUAAUAAGAAUUCUUUCACAGAAAACCAGAAGCAAGAUCAGAAAUGUUUUAGACAAAAAGACGAAGAAAAUGCUAAUAGUGAAGAUUUUACGAAAUUUGAGAAAGGGCUGACAGCUUUUGAGGGCAAAGAUAACCUGAAGAGCUCUCCUCUUUUGAGAAAUACAAAUCUGCUUCGGAUCGACUCUGAGAGUCAGAUCAAAAGAACCUCGUGUGAAAUAACCGAGCUGACAGAUGCAAGCGACCCGCUACUGAACUACCAGAAGACGAAAGACGAGUCGAUCUUCGAGAGUUCGCUGGUCGAGUUCCAGGAACACAAGCAGACGAAGCAGCAUCUGUUUAAACGUCUUCUCUCCGGCGUCAUUCUGUCUGUCUGUCCUUACCAUCAAUACAGCCUCCCGUACCUGGAGUCGCGGCAAGGGAUUGGCUGUAAGCUGCGCAAGUUCCUCUCCGAGGAUCUCUACUACUCGCCACUGUUCGAAGGUGAAGGUCAGAGUCCGAGGUCAAAGUACCAUGACCUUGACUACACGACGAAGUACUCCACGAAGACCAACAUCCAGAUCACUGAAGCGCAUCCGUUCAUUCUGUGCAAGUUGACAGACAGUUAUCUCGAAAACCGUAUUCAGGGUAUGCUUUCUGAUUUCCGUGCAAGAGGUGGCAGAAUCAAAGUUCUGUCGAAAAACCACGCUAAACAAAACGGUGUCCUGGGCGAAUCGUCUCCUAAACGACCAAAUUUUAUGAAUGAAACAAACGACAAGGACAGAAGCAAAGUAUCCACGAUCAUGUUUGACAAGAAGAUCGACUGUCUGAAUCCGCUGAAUCACCAGAAGAUCUCUGUUCUGUUUAGUAGUUACUCUCACAAGUCAACCAACCACCCAAACCCUUGUGUCACUCCAUGGUUGGUAAAAAUGGAGUUCUAUGGUAAAAAUGACAUCACACUGGGAGGAUUUCUUGAGAGGUUUUGUUUCAGGGAGACGUACCUCUGUCCGUCAGAAUCUUGUGACACCCCAAUGGUCGACCACAUACGGAGGUUUUCUCACGGGACCGGCUGUAUCAACGUGUUGGUCAAGAGACUGGACAAUGAGAUAGCGGGUGGGCAGAACAACAUUCUCCUGUGGAGCUGGUGCUGUGUGUGUAAACAGGUGACUCCAGUGGUUCCUAUCUGUGCUGACACCUGGAAUCUGUCGUUUGCGAAAUUCCUUGAGCUUCGUUUCCAUGUCAAACAGUUCACUCGCCGAGCUGCAGCCGAGCCAUGUAACCACUCGCUACAUCGUGAUUACAACUUGUACUUCGGUUACAGAGACAUUGUCACAUCAUUUAGGUACUCUGAGAUCCAGCUCCAGGAGUUGGCGUUGCCGUCGAUCGUUGUUGAUUACCACCCUUUUCCCAUUCAGCCUGGCAGAGUGAAGGAUGUGGUGAAAUACAUCACUAACAAAGGAAUGGAGAAGUUCAGUGCCAUCUUGGAGUGCACGAUGAAACUGCGCAAUGAGAUCCCCAGUGAAAGUAGUGCGAGGGCUGUGUCGGACUUCGUCACCGAGCAACAGUGUGAGAAGUCCAAACUGAGUCACCUGGCUCAAGACAUACAGCAGAAAAUCACCGACCUGCUUGAUGAUGAUUCUAACACGGAUGUUCUGACGUGCAUGUUUGAGGCUCACAGUGACAUCAUCAGACUGAAGCGGAUGAUCGUAGAGGCUGUGUUUAGGUGGAACACCAAGAUUCAGGAGUUUCUGAGUAGCCAACAGAAGAAGAUGAAACAAGCGACAAGCGUGAAGAAAGACAAGGACAAGGACAUGCCCGCCUCAUCUGUAGACGACGUUGAUCGCUCAUCACCGAAAACGUACGAGAAAACCAGAACCGGUUCCGAUCCUCAAAUCAUAGAUGUUUCUAACCUUUUAACAGUGGCAUCAAUAUCAUCGGGAUCUUCUAUGUCUGACAGACCACUGACAUCGUCUGUAAAUGUGGACACAGAAGACCAGACUGAUGGACGGACAGACAAAUGGUCGAGAAGGAAUAUCAUUGCCAGCUUUUGGUCAGGAUCGAACUUUGUUCCCGUGACCUCGCCAUUUGACCCAGCUGAACAUUACCUACUUCCGCCAUCCGACCGGGUUCCAGUUGUUAUCUAUGACUACGAGCCCAGCUCUGUGAUAGCUUACGCUUUGAGCUCCAGUGACUAUCAUGUUCGUCUACGAGAAAUUCAGUCUUGUUUUGGCUCGUCUAAGAAAGACAAUUCAGGCACAUCAAAGAGUGGGGAUUCUCCAUUGACCGGUGCUGACAUUGGCAAAGAAACUGGUCAAAAAAGAACAGGAAGUGGGAUGCUGUCAUUUUUUCGUGGUCCGAAAGACCAGAGUCCGUUUUUGUCGCGGAAAGCGGAUUACGCUGAUGCUGUCCGGUAUACAAUAGGUUCUGAAUCUUCUAUCCAGGAAGAGGACAUUGAGUCUUACUCUCUCUUUGCUACUUCGUCAUCGAGUGAUUCGGACAAGACCAAGUCCAGCAAUAAACAGACACCGAACAGUCACAUUGAAUUACAAUUUUCCGACAACGUUGCCAAAUUUUACUGCCGAGUCUUCUUUGCGGAACAAUUCCGAAAACUCCGCAAACUCAUCUUCCCAGCAGGAGAGGAUCUGUUCAUCCGAUCUUUAAGCAGAUGUAAACCAUGGGAAGCCAAGGGAGGCAAAUCUGGAUCGACAUUUUGUAAAACAGACGAUGAUCGAUUUAUUCUAAAGCAAAUGUCCAACAUGGAAAUAGAAUCGUUUGAGAAGUUCGGUCCAGAAUAUUUCAAAUACAUUUCCAAGGCUUAUACCGAAAAGAAGCCGACCGCUUUGGCAAAGAUUCUAGGUGUUUAUCGGAUCGGAUUCCGCAACACUCAGACCAACACAGCACUCAAACAGGAUCUGCUGGUGAUGGAAAAUCUCUUCUACAACCGAAGAAUUGCUCAGAAAUACGACUUAAAGGGAUCACUGAGAAAUCGUCUGAUCAACACGUCGGGGAAACGAUACGAAGACCUUGUACACCUUGACGAGAAUCUACUCAAACUGAGUGUUGAUUCCCCGCUGUAUAUGCGCCCGUACUCGAAGGCUGUUCUGAAGACAGCCAUCGACAGUGACUCGGACUUCCUGUCAGCAAACCUCAUCAUGGAUUACUCCCUCCUCGUCGGUCUCGACGAAACCAAGAAGGAACUUGUUGUUGGAAUCAUUGAUUACAUUCGAACUUUCACGUGGGACAAGAAACUGGAAAUGGUUGUCAAGUCACAGAUCUCCAUGAUAGGAGGACAAGGUAAGAUGCCCACAGUAGUGUCCCCCCAGCUGUACCGUGGUCGUUUCCUCGAGGCCAUGGAUCGCUACUUCCUACACGUACCUGACGAAUGGAGCGGAUUGGAUUCUGACUUUUCUCAGCAGAGCGAGAGAAAAGACUCAAAAGAUGACCUGGAAUCCUCUACUCUGAAGAGUUGACAGCAAUACACACCUAUCUGAUCAACUGAGAUGUUUUUAAAACUUGUGAUAAACAUAUGUAUGCCAAAUGUGUGUAUAGAAAUGAAACUUAGGAGGUGAAAAUCAGUCAGAUACUUUUUAAAAUUCUGGAUUUUAGAAUUACCCCAUAACUGUUCUUGGAUUUUAGUGCCAACCGAAAAUUGUUACCAGUACUGUCUUUUUCGUUCAUUUUUAUCUGUGAAAACUGCUUUGACUGUAAUUUAUACAUCGCUGAGUGUCUUGAGACACCAGAAUAGAAACCUGUACUUUAUUUUCAUAAUUUAUAUUUAGAUAAAUAAUUUGAAAGACUGGAGUAGAAAUCCAUUAUGAAGACUUAGACAUGUAGAAAUGACUCUUCUUUUACAGUUGAUUCUAUGUAGUUAGUGACAGAAACACUAGAGAAGAAACCUGUGAUUAAGAAAUACAUCUAUAAAAAUAAUUUAUAAAUAGUUGAGUGAAAUACAGACACCUGUUAUCAAUGAGCAUGUGUGUGAUUUGUGUGCUCUGUGUGUGUGUGUGCGCGCAUGUGUGUGUGUGUGUGUGUGCAUAUGCAUGCAUGCAUGUGUGUGUGUGUGUGUGUGUGUGUGUGUGUGUGUGUGUGUGCUGUGUGUGUUGAGUGUGGUUAUAUGUAAAGUGAAACUCCUCUAAACCGGACAACCUUGUGACCAACAAAAACGUCUGACUUAAAGAGGUAUCCGGUUUAGAAAGGUUACGUUCUGUGGUUUUUAAAAAAGGAUUUUUUGAGGGAAUUAAGGUUUACAGAGGGUCCGGUUUUGAGAGGUAUGUAAUACUAUGUAUGUUUAUUUGUAGAAAAAAGUUCCUGUGCAGCAAGUAAAAUGGCCUUAAACUAGUUAUAAAAAUUGUAAAUGAUUACAUUUUGUGAUUUCCGGAUACACUCAUAAUGUUUAUGAAUGACCUAUAAAUAAUUUUAAUGAAAA